UGUUUAUUAAUGGAGAUCUGUACUUGUUGCCAAAUAGCCACAACAGGAACUUCAUCUAGGACAUUUACCGCUCCCAAAGCUGAUGACGGGACAGAGGUGAAAGCUGGAGUUGAAGCUAAGGGUGAAACUGAAGGUGAGGGCGGGGCCGAGGGCGACGUGGAAACAACCACAACCAUCUCUGAAGCUGAACGGCCCCCCGCUGUUACCCACAAACCACUUGGAGGCCUUCAGGAAGAAACCCACAAGUCAGAGGAACAGCUGCAUGAGACUCCUGGCCACAAAGCUACAUCUUUGUUUGAGCACGGGGAGAAAAUGGAGGAGCAUUCAGGAGGAGAAACUGAAAGAAAAGUCUCCCACGAGUCUGAAAAACAUUCACAUGAGAUUCGUGGCCACAAAACUACUUCCUCGUCUGAACACGGAGCAGGAAGGGAGGAGGAAGAUGAGGAAGAAGAAAGAAAAUCCAAAGAGACAGUCUCUCACAAGUCUGAGGAGCUCGUACAGGAAACUCACGGACACGCAUCCACAACCCAAUCUCAGCACGGGGAAGAGAAGCAUGCAGAAAGCAAAGUUCCCCACGCAUUUGAGGAACACGACGCUCACGGCCACAAAACAACAGCGUCAUCUGAGCACGGUGAAAAUUCACAUGAGGUGGUGCAUCGAGAACGAGGAGAAGAACGGAAAGUUUCCCACAUGUUUGAGGGGCACACACGUGAGACUCACGGCCACAAAACAACAACCUCACCUGAGCAUGGCGACGGGCAUGAAGAAAGAAAAGCUGAAGAGAAAGCUCCCCACAAUUUUGUGGAACACGUACACGAGAUUCACAGCCACAAACCAACAACCUCAUCUGAGCAUGGGGUGGAAAGAAAGGAGGAGGAGGAGAGUGAAAGUAAAGGAGAACACACACACGAGACUCAUGGCCACAGAACAACCUCGCAUGUGCACGAAUGGAGACACGAGGAGAAUAAAGUAAUACAUCCUGAAACAACAGACCCCCACACAUUGGAGGGGCAUGUACAUGGGGCCCACGGUCACACAACAACAACCUCAUCUGAGCACAGACAGCAGGAGCAUAUGGAAAGAAAACCUGAAGGCCAACACAAGUCUGAGGAACACAUACAUGAGGCCCAGAGCCACAAUAUACCAUCUGAGCACAGAACAGCUGAAAUUACAGGUACCAUAUGAAUAAUCUUCUGCUGCAUUAUAUUUUUGCUAAGCAAUGGCUAGACUG